AUGCCAAUUGUCCGAUUCUCGAAAUUCCGCCAUGUCUUCGGUACCGCAGCGAAGCCAGAGGAUCAAUAUUCGGAUAUCAAAGUAACCAGGACAUCUUGGGACUCGAACUUUUGCGCAGUCAACCCAAAGUUUGUCGCUAUUGUUGUUGAAGGAGCCGGUGGUGGUCCCUUCCUUGUUCUUCCCAUUGAAAAGACCGGUCGAGUUGGUACCAACAGCUCGAACUAUCAUGUUGAUGGACAUACUUCGCCCGUUCUCGACUUGGCCUGGUCUCCAUUCAACGAUAACGUCAUCGCCUCUGCCUCUGAAGAUUGUACAGUUAAAAUUUGGGCCAUUCCCAAUGAAGGACUCAGCGAGCCCCUCCGAGAAGAAGCUGUCAAACUCGUCCAGCACGAGAAGCGAGCGCUUCUUGUCUCUUGGCACCCGACUGCUGAGCAUAUUCUAGCGUCUGCUGGUGCCGAUAACAUGAUUUACAUUUGGAAAGUUGAUUCCGCUGAAGUUCUCGUUUCAAUCGACUGCCACACAGACUUGCCCCUCUCGAUCUCCUGGAACUUGAAUGGCUCACAGUUCGCCACGACGUGCAAGGACAAAACCUUGAGAGUCAUCAACCCGCGAAACGGAAAAGUUAUUGCAGAGAAAGAAAAGGCUCACGAAGGAAACAAAUCUUCAAAAUGCAUCUUCCUCAAAACCGGCAAAGUUUUCACCCUUGGAUUUUCGAAGCGAUGCGAUCGACAGUACGCUCUUUGGGACCCUAAAAGUAUGGAUAAAGCAUUGACGCAUGAGGAAAUCGACCAAGCCGCCGGUGUUUUAUUCCCAUUUUACGAUGCUGAAUCGGAUAUUAUUUAUGUCGCAGGAAAAGGUGACACAUCAAUCAGAUACUUUGAAGUUAAUGACGAUGAGCCAUAUGUCCAUUAUUUAAACAUGUACCAAUCGCAGAACUCACAAAGAGGCCUUGGAUUCAUGCCCAAGCGAGGUUGUGACUCGAAUAAGAAUGAAAUCGCAAGGCUCUAUUCUGUAGUUCCAAAUAAAAUGACCGGGGCGAUCAUUCCUAUAAAAUUCGUUGUUCCCCGUGCGUGCGUUCAUGCAUACUCACCUCUCUUUCACCGUUCCCAGAAAGGCGGAAACUUUCCAAAAGAUCUUUACCCACCUUGUAUAUCGUCGACUCCGGCGCUCACAGCAGAGGAGUGGUUUUCAGGAAAAGACAAGAAUCCUAUUAUGAUGCAAAUGACUGCCGACUCUGGAGACGGCUCGACUGACAGAGAUUUUGUCAAAUCCAACACUAGAAUUUCAACAAUUCUCAGCUCUUCCGCCAACACGUCUAGACCAAUUUCACAAGUGUCGACCAACGGAAACGGGGCGCUGGCCGCCGCUCUCCCCGAAGGAUUAAAUAUCGACGAACUCCUGGAGGACAUCAAGAAACUGAAGGCAACCGUCCGCAAGCAAGGACGCAGAAUAGCCAAGCUGGAGGCGCAGCUCGAAGAGAAGGCCGCCUAA